AUGUGUUUUCCAAUCUUCAUUCCAAUUCUCAAUGAUAAAAUAACAGUCAGAGUUUGGUCUUAACAGAGAAGAGGAGCAGAUGUUUUUGUGGCAAAUAUACCUGAGUAUCCCUCUGCAUUUGACUAGUUCAAUAUAACAAAAAUAUUGUCCUAAGAUGGUAAAAUGAGAUGUACUUGGUUUAAUCUGUAUGGUAUACAUCCCUUAGAGAGAGGUUGGUUCUCAAGUAAUAGCAAGAACAAAAAGGAGGGAUCUUUCUAUCUAGGAAGGGUGCUAAUUUCAAUGUAAUUAGCGCCAAAUGAUAAGCCUUAAUUACUUACUACAGUUGCUUAGCCAGUUAAGGAACCUUCUUCUCAAAAAUUUAUGCUAUGGGUGGAUACUUACGACCUCGUUAAUUGUGAUGAAGCUAAUGGAAAUUAAGUUUGGAUUGUUGCUACUAUCGGCUCUUAUAAUACUUAGAGGCAUGUGGCUAAGUAUAAAGAAACUACAAAGAAUUACACUUGGCCUAAAGUUUCAAUAAAGACUUUGACUGUAGAUUUUCCUAAUGAAAUAAAAUAAAAUCCUGAUAUCAUUAUCAAUGUAUAUUCAGAGAAGACAUUCAAAGGAGAGUAUAGAAUUGGCUACAUUCGUAUACCUGCUAGAGACUGUCAGCGUAAAUCACCUCAGCCCUAAUGGUACAGACUCAAAAGUCCUCUAAAUGAUAAGACAUGCCCAGGAAUCAUUCUAAUGAAUGUUUAGUAUCUCUGGGAAGGUAUUGAUGUUGAGAGAUUUCCAAGGUAGAGAGGAGUUGAGAUUAGUUAUAGAAUAUUUGCCUAGCUUUUAUCAGGAUAUGAUAUUGGUCCACAGUUUAAGGAAGAUGCUUUAAAUUCCAAAAUAGAUAUAAAGAUUGGAAAUGUAGCUGUCUAAAAAGAGGGUAUUACAACUGAUCCGGCUCUUGGCAGAUUUCCUGUUUGGAAUCAACUGAAAAUCAAAGACAUAGUACUAGACAAAAAUCUAUAGUUUGCUUCUGAUAUGAGAGUCUUGCUCUAUAACUGCUCUAAAUCUAUGAUACUUAAAAGGGAUUAAGAAGAGAUAGUUGGAGAAUUUUGUGUCCCAAUUACCUCGAUAAGCAAGAAACUUUACUCGAAGCCACAAUUUUUUAACAUAAUUGACAAUGAGGGUUCAUUUUAAGGAUAAGUAUUAGCUAGAUUCUUCUUGAAAGAAAUAGAUCUCAAAAAGAAGAAGGAUGAUAUUACUAAUAUUUUAGAAGAAUUCAAUUAAAUCACUAGGAUAGCUUUUAAAACAAACAUCGUUAUAUCUUUGGUAGGAAUAAGAAAUUUGAUAUAUUUUGCUAAGAGACCAAUUCUAACCUUUAGAUUAACAAAUGAUACUAAAAAAAGAGAGUAAACUGUGAAAUUCGAUGAUCCUAUGAAUUCAAAAAAUCCUAAUUUUGGAAAAAUUCUACAAUUUAAAAAUGUUGAUUUGCCUUUCGAACCUUUAUUGUGGCCUUAAUUAGAAAUUACAAUAAAAGAUGAAGGUAAUAUGUUUGGACUAGGGGGCUGCGAAUAGUGCUAUGCCAUUAUACCGAUAUUUGAAUUCGCUGAUUUUAUAAGGCCUGAAGAUAUCAAAUUUGCUAAGAGCUAGUUGAACAAAAAUCAAAAUAAGAUUAGCUUAGUUUAAAAAUUGAUAAACCCCAUGAAGUUUUAUAAUAAACAGCAGAAAGACAAUAAAGAUAAUAACUUCGAUACAUUAUACACUACAGAAGAUAAAAAUAAAGAGAAUGAUUCUGACAUUGAUGAUUAGAAUUAAUCUGAUUACGGGUUCAACAUGGCUGGUGGAAUGAAGAUUAAAGAAUUUGACUAAUCUAUGGAUAUGGAUGGAAUUAAUUAAUAUGCAAAUGAAAGUGAUUAGGACGCUGAUCCUGAUGAUAUAAGGUUGGAGAUAAGAAACUAAGGAAAUGAAAAAUAAGGAAAACACAAUAAUUUAGAUUCUAGUGAGGAAUUAGUUUAGAAAUCGAAGCAAACUAAAUAAAAAGUAAAAAGCUUUAACUAGGAUGGAGUGUUAAUUGAUUUGAAUAAUGUUAUUGAGAUAGCAUGCACUCCCUAAAUGAAGAUAGAUGAGGAAAGAGCAAGAAUUGGUAAGAUAUCGGAGUUGGAAAAGAGAUCGGACAAACUAAUGUAUCAAAUUCAGUAAAUUCAAAAUCGAGAGAAGAAAGAAGAGAAGAAACUAGAACUACUAGAACUCAAAAAUAUUAUUUAGUAACUUUAAGAUGAAAGAAUGAACGAGUAAAAAUUCUGGGGGUAUGUUAUGGAUGAUGUGCAAGAGGAAUUUUAGUAUGGGAGAGAAGUAAUUAGAGAAGGUACUUAUGAAAAUCUACUUAAACUACCCUAUGGAUAGUUUCCAUUAUUUACUCAGGCAGCUUAUGGAGGAAAGACUGCGCAAGUAAGUGGGAUGCUAAGAAGUGGAGCUAUUACAGGGGCAACUCUUAAAGCCUCAAUUAAAGUCAAGCGAGCAGAUGAUAAUUCAGAUGAUGACAGUGAUGAUGAAUCUGUGAAUUAACCAUAGAAUAACAAUGGAAAUGGAAAAACUGAUAAUAAAUAGGGGUUAACUUUAAUUGGAGAAUUGUUAAGUCCAAAACUCAAUGAAAAAGACGAUGAAGAUAAGGAGCAGGCUAUUCUUAAAAAUCUGAAAUCUAAACUAGCUGGUCUUUAAGCUCUCUGUUCAGCUGAUCCAUUUCCUGUGAUUAUAGUAGGCGAUGGUAAAAAUGACAUUUAAGAAUAGAAGGUUAAAUAUGUCAAUGAAAGGGACAAAGAAAUAAAAUAAGAUUUAAACCCUAAAUUCUUCAGGUCAUAUGAAUUUGAUGCUAAUUUCCCUGAGGAUUGGAAAGUUGAAAUUUAGAUUCAUGAUAAGGGAAGCUUAACAUAUACUGAUGCACUUAUAGGAUCCACAAUUCUUGAUAUUGAAGAUAGAUAUUAUGGAAACUUUAGAAAAUAGAUUUGUGAUAGUUUAGAAAUUCACAAAGAGCUGGCUUAAAAAGAGAUCCUACUUGAAGAUAGAAAGGAGAAUCCAGAUUAAAGGUUUAUCAUGUCUAAGAAGAAAAAAAUUGAUGAAAUUAUUUAGGAAUAGUCUUUAAUAAAAGAUAUUGAUUAAAAACCUGUAGCAGUCGAAUUUAGGGAGUUGAGACAUCCAAAUAAGAAAUAAACUUAAGGAAUGGUAGAGAUGUGGGUUGAAGUAUUGACUAUUGAAGAGGCUAGAAGAACCCCAAUGGCUAGAUUGCAAGUAUAGAGCAAGGAUGAAUACGAAAUAAGGCUUAUUGUCUGGGAAACCAGAGAUGUACCACUAGUAAAUGGUGAUUCUGUAGAUAUCUAUUGCAAAGUAUUAUUUGAUCCUACAGGUUGGUCAGGAAAUGAAAUUGAGAAAUUAACAGAUGUGCACUAUGGAUCUAAGGAUGGUAGAGGAAUAUUUAACUACAGAUUCAAGUUUGGAAUAGAAACCCCAUGUGAAUUUCCAAGACUAAAAUUUUAGAUUUAUGACUAUGGACUGCUUAAUGAUGAGGCAAUAGGCGAAGCAAUUCUCAAUUUGAAAAAGACAUUAGGCAUGCUUUAAAAAGAAGGCAGACUUGAUAUUCCAAAAACUUGGCUGUCGUUCCAUCAUCCAAAUAAAAAAGAUGAGGAUUGCGGAUAAUUAUUGAUAUCAAUGCAAAUUCUCUCAAAAGCAGAAGCAGAAUCUUCCCCUGUAGGUGAGGCUUGGGAUGAACCAAAUGAAAAUCCUAGACUAGAAAAGCCAACCGAAGGUAGAGGACUAGGAGAUAAGAUUAUGACAGUGGCUAAUAUAGAUAUUUCAAAACUUAAGAUGCCUAAAUUGAACUUGUUCAGAAAUUUCAUAAUAUUUGGAGUGGUGGUUGCUGUUGUUGUUAUUGUUUUGAUAGUGAUUAUGAAAGAAAAAGAAAAGGCUCCAACUAAGACAUUAGAAGAAUAACUGGCUGAACUUGAGAGUGAAGAUUCUGAAAUAGAAGAUCUUAAGAGGAAGUAAUAAAAGAAGAGAUUGUUUAAUGAUUAGCAAUGGAAAAUUUUGAUAGGAGUUUUCGGAUCUGGAAUAAUUCUUGGACUUAUUAUAAUGACUCUUAACAUGGUAGAGCAGCUUUUAUCUGGAGGUUCUUCAGGAUGA